AUGAGGCAAGAGGCCGCGGCGGCGCCCGGGCGGGUUGUGGGGGCGCCGGGCGGGCUGGAGCCCGGGGCGGCGCCGUACGGGAACUUCCCCAACUACUCCCGCUUCCACCCGCCCGAGGGCCGCGUCCGCCUGCUGCCAAGCGGGCUGCUGCGGCGCCUCUUCCCCACCCGGGCCCGCCCGCUGCUGGGGCUCGACGUGGGCUGCAACUCGGGGGAACUAAGUGUUGCUCUAUACCGACAUCUCCUUGGCCUGCCGGAGAACGAAGCCAGCCCCGAUCAGCUUGUAGUGGCAAAAGACCUGAACCUCCUAUGCUGUGACAUUGAUGCUGCACUGAUUGAGAGGGCCCAGCAGUGCAGCCCUUUUCCUGCAUCCAUCCACUAUACCACCCUGGAUAUCAUGGACGCUGGUGCCAGGGAGUCCUCUCUGAGCAACUUUCUAAGCAGGUUUGGCCGCUCCACCUUUGAUAUCUGCUUCUGUAUGUCAGUGACUAUGUGGAUCCACCUGAACCAUGGGGAUAAUGGGUUGGUGGAGUUCUUAUCCUGCCUCGCCUCUCUGUGUGAGUACUUGCUUAUUGAACCCCAACCCUGGAAGUGUUACCGAGCCGCUGCACGCCGCCUCCGGAAGCUGGGCAGAAACGACUUUGAUCACUUCCGAUCUCUUGCCAUCACUGGGGACAUGGCUGAGAAGGUAACCCAAAUUUUAACCAGGGAUGGUGCCAUGGAGCUGGUGUGCUGCUUUGGGAGCACCAGCUGGGACAGGAGCCUUUUGCUUUUUAAAUCAAAUGCGCUGACUCAGAAAGUCCCAUGAGCAAGAGCUGCACUGGUGCUGACAUCCUGGAGAGGAAGGGAGUUGAAGUUUAGUGGGUUGAGUCUGUGGCUUCCAAGUCUAAAUCCCAGGUAUCUCACUAAUUCUCUUGGUGGAUCUUGCUGGCCUGUUCACCUUGCUAUGCCUCAUUUUCUCCCUCUGAAAAAUGGGGGGAGUGAUUUUUAACCUACCUCAUGUUGUAUUUUGAGGGUUAAUGACUGUUCUUGUUGAGCGGUUUGGAAGCUAAGUGCUGGUUUAAGUGUUUCAUUUGUAUGUGGGGGCUAUGGCAUAAAAGAACCUUGAAUUUGCCUUUCCCAGGAACUCAAAGGGAAGGGGAAUAAAAACAGAUCUGUUUGUCAUGGUCUACGUUUAUCUUGCCUGUGUAGCGUUUUCUCUCAGACUUUUCAGAGAAACUUCUGUGGUGCAGUUUGUCUCCUAGUCACUUGCAAUUGGCAUUGAAAGGAUGGAAGGGUUGUGAGUUGGGUUGGUGUUAGGAGUGAUCCCUGUAUUAUCAGUGUACCUUUGCUGUUGGUAUGACGUAGAAGAAGUAACAGUAAACUUUGCAGGCAUGAGAAAGAUCAGGCUGCCAGAACUUCCUUUCAUAGAAUGACACUUUUGUGGAGCAUGUAUCUAUAAUGGUAAGAGCUCUUUCAAGAAAAACUUUGCAAUAAGAAUGGUUUUAUUUUGCCAAACACAUGUUAUUGAUCGUCUUUUAUUUUUAUUCUUGUAUUCUUUUUUUCCCCUCAUUCAACCAAUCAACUUAUCCAAUUACAAUUUAAGGUUGAAUGGCUCCUAAUCAUUGAUUUUAUAAUUCCCUUAAAAAAUAUGCUUCUGCCUGUGUCUUAAUCAAAAGGAGUUCAGUAAUAUUUCAUUAUUUUGGAGGCCUUCAGUGAAAUGAUACCUUAUUUUAUAGAAUCUAGUAGGUUUAAAAACUUGUUUAUGUUCAGUUAAGGUUGCUAUAAUCAAUCAUGUCUUAAAAUCUAGUAAAGUUAAGAAAUCAAUAAAUAUUUUAGUAUUUUUAAUCAA